GUCAUGGCAUUUCACAAAGACUCGGGUAUAUUACAGUGCGCCACAUUAAUUUUGUCCUUUGACCUCAGACCUUUAGCUACAGACCUCCCGAGACACCACUGUACCUCUGUCACUAUAUGCAGAGGUCUGUAGGGUACAACAACUGCCAAAAAGAAGACACAAGUUGUGUUGAAGUGAACGGCAGACACACUCACUCACUCACUCACUCAGCAUGCCAAAUACAAAAGCCUCUCAUUAUGAGCCUUUAAAAAACACCACAUCAUAUAAGGCUUUUAGAACAACAAAGUUUUAAUUGGACACAGUCACUUGGAAAAAGCUUUUUCAUCAGCUGUAACUAAAAAGUAUAUAAAAAAGUAUAUAAUUUGAUAAGGCAUCUCACAAAGAAAUAUAUUAAUUCACAAAGAUGUAUAUAUUUUACAGUCAGAAUGAAGGACAGACAACAACAAAGUGCAGCACAAGCUCUGGCUACAAACGUAUACAUUCCUGUCAAGCUGCUCCUGAACCAGAAAUAAUGUCAGAAGUGUAUUUGUGUUAAGAAGAAAAAGAACUAGACUGUUACCCAGUGGUCCAAAGAUGUCUUUUCAAGUGAAACUAAAGCUUGUAUUUAAUUUGAAAAUCAAGAUUCCAGAGUUUGAAGGAAGAGAGGAUAGUCUCAGAAUCCAUGUUGCUUGAUUACUAGCAUGAAGUUUCCACAGUCAGCGAUGGUUCGGGGAUGCAAUGUCAUCAACAAGCCGAAAGAGCCCCAACCAAGAACCGAGUACAUAAAAAUGUAUAUAUCAGAAGCCUGACAUUUAUGUUAGCAACAUUAAUUUUAAUUAAUGGGGGUGUCAUUAUCUGUAAACCAUAAUCAGAAAAAAAUUAUAUGACAGAGGCUGAAACAGAAACAAUGUUUCAUAAUUUUCUAAUUUUAUUGGAUGUAUGUGUAAGUGUGUUGCCUCCUAUCAAGAUCAAAUUAGUAAAAUGUAGUAGCAUUCUUAGCAUUAAGUAUGUUUACUGGAAAUAUAAUACCAGUUUAAUGGUCGUUUAGAAUAUUUCCUAUGCUUAAAUACAAAUUAAAUUGAUUAUUUGUCUUGUACAGCUGUGGAAAUGAUUACAUUCUGUUCUAAAUGAAUAGAAAUGUAAUGAUCCAGUUUAAAAAUAUACAAAGUAGUCUGUGAUACCUUUAAAGUGAACAAAAGGAAAACACAUAAACUGAAAAUCUGUAAUUCCUAGCAUACGGUACACGGUAGAUGUCUGAAGCACGCGGUGGCCUAAAAAAAUAGAUGUUUAAAUACUAAUACUGGCACUUAACUUCUUUAAAAACAACAACAACUUCAACAAAACAGCGCCAACAAAUUACGUUUUUUUCAAAAGGAAAAUACUGAAAAAACGAGAAGUCUUGUAAACGCAGAGCCACCGCCUGCAACUGCAUGCGAUACGUAUCCUUGAAAACUAUCAGUAGCCUUUUAUAGCGCAUGCGCGGCCGGCAGUUCGCGGUUGCGCCAACUGGAAGAGGAUGUUGCUAGCAGCCAGUGUAGAUGCACAGCCUUUUCACAACAAUAACAUUCACUAAAAUUUGCAUCUCCACAUUCACGAACUGAGGAUUCCGCUUUGAGAACACACUCGGAUUCGCUCUUUGGAUCACAACCUUAGCACGUCCGCAUAUUUAUAGUUCUGUCUUCUUUUGACAAUGGGAGUGGAUGGGUUUGCAGCUUUACUGGACUGUUUUUUGGCAGAAGCAGAAACAAGAAUCUUGGCUUGCCAGCUAGGCCGCAGAUGGAUUUUGUCGCCAUGAGCAAGAGUCGACUGGCGAUAAAAUAUUGAAUGUAUUCUCUAUGCGUUUAUAUUGUCGCCGCUGCUACGGAGCCGAUGCGUUUAUAGCACGAUUAUUUUCCAUUUUCGCAGUUUUUGUUCAAGGCAACAACAGAAGCUAGCAAGCCCGCUAGCUCCUCAACCUUGACUGGCUGCCGUCUUGUCUCAGUAGUUAGCUCCGUUGGCUAGCAAGCGAUCACUUGGCCACCAAAGCAGUUGGAUUUAAACUUUUUGUUGCGGAUCUACGUUCACCGUCUGGUACCACACUGGUACCGGUACCACAGAUUUCAUUUGCGAGGUCUGCCUCUGGAUGAAUGUGGGACAAAAUGGAGACCCCGACGAUUGUGUACGAUCUGGAUACCUCUGGAGGCUUGAUGGAGCAAAUCCAAACUCUGUUGGCGCCUCCGAAGUCCGAGGAUGUGGAGAAGAGGAGUCGGAAGCUGGUAAGAGACGUUCGGAGGAGCGGCAGGGCCACCAACCACGACACCUGCGACAGCUGCCGGGAGGGGGGAGACCUGCUGUGCUGCGACCACUGUCCGGCUGCGUUUCACUUACAGUGCUGCAACCCACCGCUUAGUGAAGAAAUGCUUCCUCCUGGAGAAUGGAUGUGUCAUCGCUGUAACAUGAGAAAGAAGAAGCGUGAGCAGAAGUCUGAGCAGACUAAUGGCUUCCCAGACCGAUCUUCAACCAAGCGUUCCACUUCUCCUGCGGGUGAACUAGAGGUGGGCCCCGGCCCGCUGAGGCUCGAUGGCCUUCCGCCAGGGGCCGGCGCUGCGGGGCCCGGUCUGCGUGUGGCUCAGGUCCGCCUCCUGGACCGUAGGACCAGCAGCAGGCCCAGCAGCCGUCCUGGGACCCCGACAUCCAACACGUCCUCCACCCCGACCCCAUCAGAGGAGCAGAACGAUGGAGAGGAGGAGGCAGCCGACCCCGAGGACGACGUGCAGGCGGUCGAACCCGACGGCGCGGCGCUGUCGGUGCCGGCACCUCGUCUUCUCAAGAGGCCCUUCCAGCUGCUCAUUGCAGCAGCCAUGGAGAGGAACCCCACACAGUUCCAGCUGCCCAGUGAGCUGACCUGCACCACGGCGCUGCCAGGCAGCAGUAAACGAAGGAGGAAAGAGGAGCUGCUGGGUAAACCAUUCAGGAGGCCUCAGCACGAACUGGACCCCAACGGCUUGGUCCCUCUGCCCGUCAAAGUCUGCUUUUCAUGCAACAGGAGUUGCAGGUUGGCCCCGCUGAUCCAGUGUGAUUACUGUCCACUUCUUUUCCACAUGGACUGCCUGGACCCCCCACUGACAGCUCUGCCUGCUGGCAAGUGGAUGUGUCCCAACCACGUUGAGCAUCUCGUGCUCAACCAGAGGAGCCUCAGCCUGUCCAGCCGCUGCCAGCUCUUUGACCAGUUCCAGGACAGGAUCUCCCAGCAUGCUGUCCGGUUGAACUUCCUCCGUAGAGUCCAUCGGCAGAAUGCUCCCAACCGCCGGACUUCUUACCAGCAGAACAAGAAAACCAUUAAGGUGCCAGAUGCAAUCAAGUCUCAGUACCAGAAUCCCCCCCCUAUGCUGCUUCCUGCUGGGGUGCAUCAGGUGGAGUUGGUUUGUAGCGGACUCCCCCACCAUCAGCCCGCAAAGCACCUGACCACAGAGCUGGAGCAGGAGGAGUGGCUGCAGGACAUCAUUGCUCUGCAGUGCAGCAUCAUGAGACACCUGUCCAUCAGCCAGAAGGUCCGCUCGGCCACGCCCACUGACCUCGAGAGGAAGAGAACAUGUGUUACAUCAGAGGAGACGAAAAGUCAGGCGGCUGAAGGAAGAACUUCCCCUGAGCCGCACUCUAAGCCCUGCGGUGCGCCUGAGCCCCCCCAGGAAGCCCAUAUAGCCAGGGACGCCUCAACAGAGCUGGGGGGGUGUAAGUGCAACAUGGCGCCCUGCCCCAAAUGUAGGAAACCCAACGGACCCCUGGCAGAGCUCCACCCUCCCAAAGCCAACGGACCCCUAGACUGUAACAGUGCCUCGGACCCCUGCAGGCCGCCGGACCCGCAGCACAGAUUAAAGACUCACACAACCUCAUCGUCGGACUCGGCCGUCCCUUCAGGGCUAUUGAACCACAUAGGAACAGAAACGGUUAAAAAGGACCCAGAGAGCACAACUGAAGCCUGUGCUCAGAACAACUGGCCCCCGGUUUGGCCCCAGAGCAGCCAGCAGAACCACCGGAGCCAGAUGGAGCUCCAGGAGUUGUGUUUGAGUAGUGAUGAGAAGCCUCCCUUCCCCCUCCCAGACGCACCGCCUAAAGGCAGCUAUAAGCAGACCUCCAGCAAGCAGGGGCCCGACUCAGCGACUCCAGAUGUGAAGGCUGGUCCUGGCCUGAUGGACUGCCUCCUGCCCAGUGCCCUGUCCUCCAUCAACACCCUUUCCUCUUGCAGAAACAGUGCCAGGGACUUUGGAGGCAUCGAGCUGGACAAGCUGGAUGAAGAAACAAUCCGGUUCCUGGCUUACCAAAGGAUCCAGCAGCUCUUCCCUCCCAAAGCCCUCAGCAGUCCGCCGCUCCUCACCCCGGGCGUUUCCUCAGACCUCCCUCCACCGCACCAUGACAGUCAGAAGGUGCAGGCUCGGGCUGUUUUCUGUCCCCUGGCAGGACGAGGACAGACGGUCAGCAUGUGCUAUAGGACGCUCUACAUCGGAUCUGGUGCUGACAUGGACGUGUGCCUUACCAACUACGGUCACUGCAGCUACAUAUCGGGGAAACACGCCUGCAUCUUCUACGACGAGAACACCAAACACUAUGAGCUCCUGAACUACAGUGAACACGGCACCACAGUGGACAACGUCCUGUACUCCUGUGAUUUCUCUGAGAAGGCGUUGCCGGCGGCGCCCAGCAGCCUGGUGGCCCGGGUCCAGGGACUCAUCCGUCGCAGUAAGAAGAGGGAGGAGGACAGGGUUGUGGGUGUGAUGCCGGCAGGCGGCGUGAUGAGCAGCCAGCCUCAAAGCGGCGCGGCGGUGGCGGCGGCGUGCAGCUGCAAGGUGAGCGGCUCCAGCCUGAUCGGCGGCAGCGGCGCCGGCUGGGAGGGCACCGCCCUGCUCCACCACGGCAGCUACAUCAAGCUGGGCUGCCUGCAGUUCGUCUUCAGCAUCACUGAGUUUGCUGAUGAAGAGCCGCCUGCAGCGCCCCCUGCUGGCUGCACCAGCAGCAGCCAGAGCUCUGCUCCUACCUCCACGCCCCCACGCCCCCCACCCAGCACCGCUAUGGCUAGCAGCCCCUCCAGCCAGGACGAGGCGGACACAGAGCUGGCCCCCCCACACCAAGUGCCCGCGCUGCGCUACAACUCUGUCCCAUAGCCCCCCACACAGCCCCCUCUGCCCCCGCCUGCUUUUAUUUGCACCUUCUGUGUCACUAUAAGGAGAACGCUACCUAGCAGGAUGGUCAACAGGGAAUACUUUAUUUUUUUCCAUUUCAAAUUGUUUAUAUUUGCAUGAACUUGAAGUAUUAAUGACAAUCUCUUCUGUUUGAGAAUGACUGACAGUAACCUUGUUUUCACUUCAGACCGUUAGGACUUUGAGCAAAGAUUAUUUACUGGAGCUCAUUUCUUUUCCACAGUAUAUAUUAGUUAUGUAUGAUGUAACCUUACUGUGUUGGUCAGAACCAUUUAGCAGUGACCUUUUAUUUUUUUAUUUUAUUUUAUUUUUCUCCUAGUAUUGAAUUCCAUGCAUUGUAAUUUUUGUUUGCUGCUUUUGCACCACAGGUAGCUAUAAAUGUAUGUAAUCAUACAGGCUUACACACUAUAUGUAAACAUACUGUAAAUGUAAAUAAUUCAGUGUUUCUCAGCUGGAGGAACUUUGGAUUUCAUGUAGAUUUACCAUUUUUUGGUUUUUAACUGUACAGUUCAUGCAAUUUGUGAUACUGUGUAGAGUACCUGCAGUUUGUGAUAAAACUUGUUCUAAUCGUGUACCUCUGCUGUAGUCCAUCUGUCUAUACCAUAAUGUUUUAGCACUCAUUUUAACAUCAUGUGUUGCUCUGUAUAUAGGCACUCUUUGUCUGUACCUGCUUGUCUGUUAAAACCUGUAAAUACAGAAAGAUUUUUUAAUAACAAAC